AUUGGUGGCACUCUUCCUCGAGUACCAUCAUGGCCUUCUUCAAGCUGCGGUCUCUUGUUGCCCUUCUCUCGCUGCAUUGCUUCCUCGUGGGAACCCAAUGCGUGCAGGAGGCUGGAAGGGGCCUCUCACGCACUGAUAUAGCUGGCCAGUGGUCUAUCCUGGAGCCAAUUCUGAAGGCCCAAGAGGAAAGUUUUAUACAGGCAGCUCCAUUGGACAGCAAUGAAGUAGACGAGCACAGUUCUCUUAUUUGGCCCCUGCCCCUUGAGCAUUCUAGGGGGAAUGUCACUCUCGUCAUUGAUCCGGGGUUGAAGUUCACGUCUAAUCUUCCCAAUUCGGUGGUGCUUGAUGCGGCUUUUGACAGGUAUUUGAAGCUCAUCUUCACGCAUCCAACCAAGGUGAAGGACCAGAAGCUGCGGGGGAACCUAAUUCUGGUGCUGUCUGAAGUACACAUUGAGGUCAACUGUACCAAAGAGGAGCUCAAUUAUGGAGUUGAUGAGUCAUACACUUUGGAUGUUCCAAAGAAUGGGGACCCUGCAAUUAUCAAGGCAGAGACCGUGUUUGGUGCGCUCAGGGGGCUUGAGACCUUCAGCCAGCUGUGUUUCUAUGACUUCUCGACCAAGAAGGUUCGUUUGGAACACGCCCCUUGGUCUGUCAAGGACGCCCCCCGCUUCCCCCACAGGGGCCUCCUUAUCGACACCUCCCGCCACUGGCAGCCGGUGAUUGCCAUCAAAGAGAUCAUCGACUCCCUUUCGUAUGCGAAGAUGAACGUUCUCCACUGGCACACGGUGGACUAUCAGUCGUUCCCCCUGGAGGUGCCGUCGUUCCCCAAGCUGUGGGACGGCGCCUACACGCGGUACGAGAAGUACUCCUAUGCCGACGUGGCAGAUGUCGUCGAGUACGGACGUCUGCGAGGCGUUCACGUGAUGGCCGAGAUCGACGUCCCAGGCCACGCAAUCUCCUGGGGCGUCGGGUACCCGGAGCUGUGGCCGAGCCCCACGUGCCAGGAGCCUCUCGACGUCAGCAACAACUUCACGUUUGAGGUCAUCGAGGGAAUCUUCUCGGACCUGAAGAAAAUCCUGAAGUACGAUCUUUUCCAUCUCGGUGGCGACGAAGUCAACACCGACUGCUGGACGAGCACCCCCCACGUGGCGGCGUGGCUGGCGGAGCGCGGCUGGUCGGGGCACGACGCGUACGCCGACUUCGUGCUUCACGCGCAACGGCUCGCGCUGAAGCAGGGCUGGCAGCCCAUCAACUGGCAGGAGCCGUUCGACGAGUUCCCGGAGCGGCUGGACAACAGCAGCAUCGUGCAUAUCUGGAUCAACAAGGCGUCCGCCCCGCGCGCCGCUGCGCUUGGCCACCGCGUGCUGAUGAGCAACUUCGACGCUUGGUACCUGGAUCACCUGGGGGUGCCCUGGCAGACCAUGUACUCCAAUGACAUUCUACAGGGCGUGGAAGACCCGGAGCAGCAGAAGCUGUUCCUGGGGGGUGAGGUCUGCGCGUGGGGCGAGACUAUCGACAUCUCCGAUCUGCAGCAAACCGUCUGGCCGCGCUCCGCCGCAGCCGCAGAGCGCCUCUGGAGCCCCAAGUCCCUCACUGACGGCGACCCAAACCGUGCGCUCGGGCGCCUCGAGUACUUUCGCUGCCUGUUAAACAGCAGAGGGGUGCGCGCCGCACCCGUCCAAAACAUCCUGGGGCGGCAGCCGCCCACCGGUCCUGGUAGCUGUUUUGCCCAAAAAUGACGGCUAUUACCACUCACGGCCCUAGCAGCUGUUGUGCGCCGAGAUGACGACUUGAAAUGUCGGAGACGACAGAAUGAAACAUCUGACGCUGGGGCUUUGGCACCAUAGAAACAAGCAAGCGCGGGUUUCAGAGUCAGGUUGUAGGCCCCCAGAAGUCGACUCACAGGCCUCGCUGAGUUAAGAUGCAAGCCUGUGUUUGUGAGGUGUGUCCGAAUAAUAGUUGAACCCAAAUUCA